CGCAGCGGUGUGCUUCAUAACAGUGAAGCCGACAAUAAGAAGAGGAGCCAUGGCUGCACUGUUAGGAGCUAGGAGAGCUCUCGGCUUGUGUGUCUCUGGUCGUAGAAGUCUGUCUCGGCUGGCCGAGCUACCGGAGACUCACCAGCUCCUGAGACAGACCUGCAGAGACUUCGCCGACCGAGAACUGACCCCCAUCGCUGGCAAGCUGGACAAAGAGCACGCUUACCCUGCUAAACAGAUCCAGCAGCUGGGAGCGAUGGGCGUGAUGGCCAUCGAGGUCCCAGAGGAGCUGGGAGGAGCUGGGAUGGACUACCUGGCCUACAGCCUGGCUAUGGAGGAGAUCAGCAGAGGCUGUGCCAGCACGGGGGUGGUGGUGUCUGUUAAUAAUUCUCUCUACAUCGGACCGAUACUGAAGAAUGGCACAGAAGAGCAGAAGAAGAAGUGGAUCACACCGUUCACCACCGGAGAGAAAGUGGGCUGCUUCUGUCUCAGUGAGCCAGGUAACGGCAGCGAUGCGGGCGCUGCCUCCACGGUGGCCCGUCAGGACGGAGACGAGUGGGUUCUGAACGGAACCAAAGCCUGGAUCACCAACAGCUGGGAUGCCUCGGCUGCCAUUGUGUUCGCCACCACGGACAAGAAGCUCAAGCACAAGGGCAUCAGUGCCUUCCUGAUCCCGAUGCCUCACCCGGGACUCUCUCUGGGGAAGAAGGAGGACAAGCUGGGCAUCAGAGCCUCGUCCACCGCCAACGUCAUCCUGGAGGACUGCAGGAUCCCGCUGGGCAACAUGCUGGGACCGCGAGGGGCCGGGUUCAAGAUCGCCAUGCAAACCCUGGACAGCGGGCGUAUCGGCGUGGCGGCUCAGGCCCUCGGCAUCGCUCAGGCUUCUCUGGAUUGCGCCGCGGAGUACGCUCACAAACGCACCGCGUUCGGAGCGCCGAUCGGCAAACUACAGGCAAUACAGUUCAAACUGGCCGACAUGGCCGUGGCCGUAGAGAGCGCUCGUCUGCUUAUCUGGAAGGCUUCACUUCUCCGAGAUUCAGGGAAACCGUUCACAAAGGAAGCAGCCAUGGCCAAACUAGCAGCGUCUGAAACCGCCACUUUCUGCUCCCAUCAGGCGAUCCAGGUUCUGGGGGGGAUGGGUUACGUGGCCGACAUGCCGGCCGAGAGGCACUACCGCGACGCUCGCAUCACGGAGAUCUACGAGGGCACCAGUGAGAUCCAGAGGCUGGUGAUCGCCGGCCAGGUGCUGAAGGAGUACCAGCCGUAGACCGCGUGGACAUUUAACAUCUCUCCAGAUAAAGAAGCGCAUUGUGGGUUUAUAGAUCGAAGACGACGAUGCAGAAGUUCAUGAGGAAUUCAGACGAUUUUAGGUUUGCAGUAACUCUCGUGUCUCAAAGGGAAUUCAAGAUCUUCAACACGGAGAACAACAACUUCAAACUUUGCAAGUACGUCGCUCCUCAUAGCUGCAGAACUCGCCUGAGAAUCUUCAUGUUUUUAAGUUUUCUUAAUGAUCAAAGUAAUCUAGUGAUUGUGGUGCACACAUGGAUGUAGAUAAAACUAAUAUAAGUUAUUAAUAGAUAAUUCUGCAUACUUUUAAUUUUGAGAAUUUGCACAUAUUGGCUUAAAAGUCCCCGUCUGUCACUUUAAAGCAGUACUUCAAUAAUGUAGUUGUACUUCUGUAAAACUGAAGAGACAAAUUCAACAAGAUUCAAGAGUUAAAAGGUUUAUUUGUCAUCAAUAAAACUCCAUAAAUCAGAUUAGAAAUCCUAGAAAAAGAUGCUCCUCAUAGCUGCAGAACUCUCCUGAGAAUCUUCAUGUUCUUUAUUAUCAAAGUAAUCCUCUGAUGGUAGUCUGUACAUCUGUGUGUGCACUGCUACCAGGAGCUGAUCAGAGAUCAUUCUGGAUACUUUUAAUGGAGACAAUUUGCCAAAAUGUGAAUAAGAAGCUAAAAAACAAAGUUGUAUCCGAGCCUUUUAAAAUGAGUUCCUUUGAGAGCUUCUCACCAGCAGAGGGGGCCGGAGAGCCUUCAGGUCUCUGUGACCCACUUCUGAUUCACACAGAUCAAAACAGUCGUCUCUUAAUAACGCUGCAGCGUGAGCACUUGUUCCACAUUGACUCCAGAUUUACUGAUUCAAUGAUCAGGUUGUCGGUGCGAGUUUAUUCUUGAGUGAUUGUAGUCGAUGACGUCUGUCGGCUGAACGUUGAAGACGGUUUCUGAUGUUUGACUAAGAACACACGACGUCGUCUUUAUUGGGGCUGAACUCACAGACGUCUUGUGCCUCAAUAGCUUGUACAUAUCUUUAUGUAAUAUAUUGUGUGCAGAUGAUAAUAAAAACAGAAUUACAAGAAA